AUGCUUCGACUUCUGCUAACUCUGUGCAUUUUUGCGACAAUUCUCGUCGAUUCACAAAAAACCACACAAAUCACAGUUCGUCAAACUUUCAAAUGUAAUUUGCGAAAAGAUUGGCGAUAUAAGAUUGAUUAUUAUGAGCAUGAUUAUAUGCCGUAAGUGAAAAAACCUUAAUUAAUUAAUAAGUUAAUUAAUUAAUUAAUUAAUUAAAAUCUUAGCCCACACGACCCUUUGCAUUCCACCGGAUUCCGCGAUGUUUGGGGCGCAAGCAAAGUGAAUGUUGAUGUUUUCAAUGCUGUUGGUGGAGAUGGUCCCGGUGAUACACACUAUGAGAUUCAUGCGAAGGUGAUGCAUACUUGCACAAAUUCUGGAAUUGCAACCGAAUUUGAUGGACAAAUUGGAAGUGUUCCUGUUGCUGCACCGACUUUUCAAUUUAAUUUGCCGGAGUUUUUGCUUGAUGUUGGGAUUUGA